AUGGCCUCCCCUCCGCCCUCGAAGAGAUACAAGUCUGAGUCGACCCCCGCCAGCGAUGCUGGACGCUCGAGGUACUACAGUCACUCCCAGUCCGUGCCCAUGAGCGAGCGGGCUCGCUCAAGACAGACAUCUACGGCGAUGGAUAUCUAUGUCAUCACAGAUCGAGAUCCCGCGGAGAGGGACCGCAGGGGUCCAAUGGGUCGCUUCACCAGCAAUGGCUCGGUCGCGUCUCAUUCCUCGCAGAUCUCCCACGCUUCUCGCUCCUCACCGCCGGUAAUCAUCUCCAAUCGCAAAAUACCUGAAAAGUAUCCGGCAUAUUCCGAGAACGGACGAAUGUAUCAUGGCUAUCGCAAGGGUAUCUACAUGCUCCCGUGCGACGAGGAGGAACAGGACCGUCUCGACAUCUUCCACAAGCUCUUUACGGUCGCCCGAGUAUCCGACGGCUUGAUCUACGCUCCGCACCCAAACAACUCCCGCAUUAUGGAUCUUGGAUGUGGUACAGGAAUCUGGUGUAUCGAAGUGGCCAACAAGUACCCCGAUUCCUUCGUGGUCGGUGUUGACCUGGCACCUAUUCAGCCGCAAAACCGCCCGAAGAACUGCGACUUUUACGCGCCUUUCGAUUUUGAAAGUCCUUGGGCCAUGGGCGAGGACUCCUGGGAUCUGAUCCAUAUGCAGAUGGGUAGUGGUAGCGUCAUGAGCUGGCCCAGUCUUUACAAGCGUGUCUUCCAGCAUCUCCGCCCCGGCGCCUGGUUUGAGCAGGUCGAGAUCGACUUUGAACCACGCUGCGAUGACCGCUCCCUGGGUGGACUCGCCCUUCGCCACUGGUACUCAGCGUUGAAGCGCGCAACGGAGGAUAGACAGCGGCCCUUGGCUCACAGCUCACGCGAGACGAUCCGCAAUUUGCAGGAAGCCGGUUUCACGGAGAUUGACCACCAGAUGGUGGGGUUGCCUAUGAACCCGUGGCACAACGAUGAGCAUGAGAAGAAGGUCGCUCGUUGGUACAACCUCGCUGUGUCGGAGAGCGUCGAGGCACUUAGCCUUGCUCCUUUCAGCCGUGUCUAUGCCUGGCCCAUCGAAAAAAUCCAGCUACUCGCGCAGGAUGUCAAGGCUGAGGCCUUCAAUAAGGAUAUCCACUGUUAUAAUAUCCUGCACAUUUACCAGGCGCGCAAGCCACCUGCCGAUUAG